AUUUCUAUCACGAACCAAGAUGUCAGCGCCCAUGUUCAAUUUCAACGUUGGGGUUUUAGGACAUGUUGACAGUGGCAAAACAAGUUUAUCUAAGGUUUUGAGUACCACAGCGAGUACAGCAUGCUUUGACAAAAAUCCCCAAAGCAAAGAAAGAGGGAUUACCCUUGAUCUUGGAUUUUCAUCUUUCACAGUAGAUAUGCCUGAUCAGCUUUGCUCCGAAUAUCCAGAUUUGACCUCAUCUAAACUUCAGUAUACACUGGUUGAUUGUCCAGGUCAUGCAUCAUUAAUAAAGACAAUCAUUGGAGGAGCACAGAUAAUAGACUUGAUGAUUUUAGUGAUUGACAUUGUGAAAGGAAUGCAGACACAGACUGCUGAAUGCCUUGUAAUAGGGGAGAUAACUUGUCGAAAGAUGAUAGUUGUUCUAAAUAAAGUGGAUCUAUUGCCACCUGAUAAAAAGGAAGCAAUGAUUGAGAAGAUGAAGAAAAGAAUGCAGAAAACCAUGGAAUCAACAAAAUUUGCUGGUUGUCCAAUAAUACCAGUAGCAGCAAAACCUGGUGGCCCUGAGGGUGGGGAAUCAGAUGCUAUUGGACUGACAGAUUUAAUAGAAACAUUGAAAACCCAUACAUACAGACCCAAAAGGAACCCAGAAGGACCAUUUAUUUUUUCUGUAGACCACUGUUUCUCCAUCAGAGGUCAGGGGACUGUCAUGACAGGAACUGCUUUAAGUGGAAAAGCUGUCAUAAAUGAUACUGUAGAGAUCCCAUCAAUGAAUGUUAACAAGAAGAUCAAAUCUAUCCAGAUGUUUAAACAACCAACAGAUAAAAUAGUUCAGGGUGACAGAGCUGGAGUAUGUGUGACACAGUUUGACCCUAAACAACUGGAGCGAGGUCUGGUCUGUACUCCAGGUUCUCUACCCACAUUUGUAGCUGGUAUCAUGACUGUAUCCAACAUUCCUUACUACAAAGGAGCUAUUAAUUCCAAAGCUAAGUUCCAUAUCACAACUGGACAUGAAACAGUCAUGGCAAAAGUAACUUUUUUUGGAUUGUAUGAGGACCCUAAUUCUAAAGAAGCAGAUUCAACAACUGCUCUAGAUUAUACAAGGGAAUAUGUAUACCAGGAUAAUUUUAUAACAAAUACAGCAAAACAAGAUCAGGCAAAGGCUCAACAAAGGUUACCUAUAAAACAAUAUGCUCUUAUAGAGUAUGAAAAACCAGUCACAUGUCCACAUAACUCUCUUGUGAUUGGUUCAAAGUUAGAUACUGACAUUCAUGCAAAUAUGUGUCGAAUAGCUUUCCAUGGUCAGCUUUUAGAAUGUUUUACUGACUCGAAAUAUUUAGUAAACAAUCUACCAAAAUUGAAAGUUUAUAAGACUAAAGUACGUGAAGGUUUAGUGGAACGAUGUCAAGAUGAGUAUACAUUGAUUGGUAAAAAUUUGUUCAAAAAGGAAACAAACAUUCAAUCUUUUGUUGGAUUGAAGGUGACAUUGUCGUCUGGUGAGAAAGGGGUUAUCGAGGGAGGAUUUGGACAAAGUGGAAAGUUUAAAAUCAGAAUUCCAGAUGGAGUUUCAAAAGAAAUUCAGCAAAAGUAUUCUGGAACAAAGAAGAAAAAUAAAAACAAAGAAUCAGAAGCCAAUCAGGAUGAACAGCAGACAGACCAUGAACCAAUCAAAAUCUUUCUAACAUUCAAAAGAUAUGUGUUUGAUCCAGAGAAAAAAAUGAAACAAAGCUGAUACUUAUGUUGAUAUAUAAUUGUGAGGGUGCAAUAUUUAUUAUGGAGUAAAAUUAUAUAUAAAUCUGAA